CCUGACCCUCCAUCGCCACGAUGGCUGAGGAGCGCAACACGCUCACCUGGCCCUCCAUCGAGCAGCUUCCCAGGGCGGUGUGCUCCAAGAUCGCCCGCUUCUUCCAAGUCGCCGAGCUUGCCGCGACUGUCAUCCAGCGGCGCCGCCGAGGGCGACCUUCGCCGCUCGACGGCAAGGUUACGCUUAAGGGCGGGUAUCGGCAAUCCCUCCACCGUCUUUGCACGCUGUGCCCUGUGGCUGCUUCCGAGAAGCUCGACGGUACCAACGUCGGCAAGCUGCGAUGCGGCACACUGCUCGGCCGUCGCCUCACGAUUGAGCAGACAGCCACCAGCUACCAGAGGUGCGACCUCACCAGCCUGCGUGAGGUGGACGUCGACGCCGCCAUCGGCGAGCUCGUUUCGCUCGCCACCGGCGAGACUGGCACUGAGCCCGUGCGUGCCGCGAUCUACGGCGAGCUCAUGUGCAACGUCGGGCUCUUCAACUACAAGGCAAACGGCCUGGCGAAGUCCUGGCAGGCGUUUGGCGCGGUGCUCGAGUUUGCGAGCGAGGAGGUCGCGGCUGCCUACGCGACAGCCGCGUCUGCGUCGGGACUCGCGUGCACUCUCAGUGGCGACCGCGCUGUUCGAAUUGGCAACAACGAGGCCUUUGGCGAGGUGCUCAGGCGCCACCGAGUGCCUGUCAUUGCGACAGUGGCCUUUGGUUCGCUCUGUGAAGCGAUUUCGAGCCAGCGCGCAUGGAUGACUGGCGAGCACGGCGAGGGGCUCGUGCUCAGCAUCCAGAAGGCCGGCAGGAGCUCCGCGUACAAGUGGAAGAUCUCACGCGAGCCGCAGCCGGCCGCAGUCUCCGAGCUGACCGAGCUUCUCGAGGCGUUCGCCAACGGCGCCGGCGGCAAGGCGGUCCUCAUCGAUCAGUCGAUCCACGAGAUGAUUGGCAACCUCCACGCCGUCUCGACGCACGUCGACAGCGCGCGUGCGCCCGCGGCCACGAAGCAAAAGAAGGAGGCGAGGCAAGCGGCCGUCGACACAGAGGCUGUCGCGCAGGCGAUCGCGUCCGCCCUGACCAAGUUCGACGCCCUGGAGGUGACCUUCGAGGCCGAGGGCAAGCAGGCGCUGAACAAGCUCGCCGAGCGGCUAUGCGCCGAAGUCCUCUCCGACCCCGAUCUCGCCACCGGCGAUGCCGUUGCCGACGAGGCCGCGGCGCGCGAGCAGGUGAAGGUCAGCGUGAAGCGCCACGUCGGGCAGGCCUUUGGCGCGUGGCAAAAGAGCCGGCACACCCCGGGGUGACGACAGUGAUAGGUCUUGAACGUGGUCACACAGUCAGUCUGGGGCGAGGGUGGGCGAGACGAUCGGAGGGGUCCCGUACCAUGCGGAAUCGACCCUAUCAAGUGCUC